AUGUAAUUAUUCCUAUUUUUUUUUUUUCUGGGAACCAUAUCAUUUCUCUUAAUGAGUCCCGCUCAGGGUCCGUGGACCGCAGCUUGGGAUACCUCUCCCCGGAAGUGGGUGGUGGAGUCGUCGUCAUCACCAGUCAGACCACCGUCGACAGUGUCUGCUGGGAUGAAGCUCGGCACCGGAGAACCACAGGGAUUGAUCCACUUCUGAGGCUGAACAGUCUUGGUGAUAACGCGGUGAAGCGAUCGGAUUGUUUGCAGGACAAGGAAAGAAACUUGUACGUCCCCAACAUGAUGGAGGAAAUAGACAGAUUCCAGGUACCGAGCGCGGUCCAGGAGGCAGAGAUGCAGUCUGAGAUGCAGCCGCUGGACCCUGCUUCCUCCACUGCCUCAGAAGCAGACUCAAACACCAGAGAAGGAGAAGCUGUUACUAUCAGCUAUAAACCCUCACCCCUCCAGAUGAAAAUAGAGAAACAAAGAGACCUGGCCAGGAAGGGCUCAUUAAAGAACAGCAACACUGUAGGUAGUCCGGUUAACCAGCAGCCCAAGAAGAACAACGUCAUGGCCAGAACACGGUUGGUAGUGCCCAAUAAAGGUUAUUCCUCUUUAGACCAGAGCCCAGACGAAAAGCCCCUGGUAGCCUUAGAUACCGACAGUGAUGAUGAUUUCGACAUGUCUAGAUACUCGUCGUCGGGAUAUUCUUCUGCAGAGCAAAUCAAUCAGGAUCUGAACAUCCAGCUGCUGAAAGACGGCUACCGCCUUGACGAGAUCCCGGAUGACGAGGACCUGGAUCUGAUCCCACCCAAAUCAGUCAACCCCACUUGCAUGUGCUGUCAGGCGACCUCCUCCACAACCUGCCAAAUCCAGUAACUCCCAAAUCCAGUAAUCACCCCCACCCCCCAUACUUCAUAAACUUAAACCUGCCGUUUUCAUCUGCUGUUUUCCUUGCCACCAGGGUGGUAAAAGUGAGGCAUUACAGAAUAUUGUCAUGACAGUAAAGUGCUAUGAUGAUGAGGUAAAUAAUCACACUAACAAAUAAAAACUUUGGUACAGAAUCUAGAGCAUACAGGGAAGUAUGGAAUGUCUAAUGGUAAAAGCAGUAAAGUGGUGGAUUCCUCCUAUGGUAGGACGUACACUUCUGUUUGAGAGUUCCUCCUGGUAGACGUGAUGUGGUCCUGAUAUUAGUUUGUAGACAUUAAGAGGUCAGUUGCUGCUGUGAAGUGGUUUCCAUUUCCCAGACCGGUAACAAACAUUAUCAUUACUGCUGACUCAACUAUUCUGGUCUGGUUUGCCUUGUUCUAUUUUUUUCCUUUUAUUUUAAUGUAUUAGCUCUAUGAAAGUAAGAGAUCAAUGAUCCUGUACCUGGUAAUGAGAAAUGUGGGAUGUGAUCUUUAUAUUCCCCAGACAGAGAAUCUCUGGUACUGGAUUCAUUGUGCUGUACAGGGUUGUUAUGUAGCACAGAUCAGAUCUUUGCACACAUUAACCCCAACAUUUCUGCUUUCCCUGCAAGUAAAGGAGUGGAAUGCUAAAUCACAGAGUUUAUGGAUGAAUGCCUGAACAUGAAUGAAGUACAAACUGCAUGAAGGCUACCAGAAUACGAAGAAUAGAGUAGUAUAUACAGCAUGUAGCUUUUGCCUAUUUUAUUUUCUGUUGUGCUAUCAUAUACUGCUGUUAUGGCACAAGCUUUAUUCUUUUUCUUUUAUUUUGCACUUUUUAUGUUAGAUUGUAUGGGCGCAUAUCACUCUUUCUUGCACCAUGAGUGAAAGUGGCUUACCUAAAAUGAUCUGUUUUAGGUAAUUCUGAAGGGAAGGUUACACAUUUCUGCUUUGACACUAAUUUGUCCAGUGUUGUGCAAAAUUAUUCAUACCCCUUGCACAUUUUCUCAACAAACUUAUGUGUGUUUUGUUGGAAUUUGAUGUGAAAGACCAACACAAAGUAGAUCAUAAUUGUGAAGCAGAAGUAAAAACGUGGUUUUUGUAAUUCACAACAAAUAAUGUGAAAAGUGCUGCAAUAAUUCAAUAAUGUCUCUACAAUUACAGCUGGAAGUCUUUUUGGAUAUGUCUCUAGCAGCGGUGGACAUCCAGAGACUAAGAUUCAUUGCCAAAUAACUUUAACUUUAGCCUGUCAGUUUAGGUGGACAGCCAUGUCUUGAUAGAUUUACAGUUGUGCCAUACUCUUUCCAUUUUCAGAUGAUGGAUUGGACAGUCCUUUGUGAGAUGUUCAAAGCUUUUUUUAUAACCUAACCUAAUUUAUCCCUGACCUUUCACAGCAUGUUCCCUGACCUUCAAGAUACCGUUUGUUCUCUAAUGUUCUCAAAAACAAACCUUCAAGUGCUUCACAGAACAGUUGUAUAAAUUUCCACUUGGGUGGAUUCUAUAUACUAUUUUCCCUGCAUUUUAUUUAGGAGUAUCUAAGUAAAGGGGGCUGAAUAGAAAUGCACUCCACUGCACCGUUUUCUUUUCACAAUUAGAAACAACUUGUGUUGGUCUAUUACAUGAAAAUCUAGUAAACCAUGUUGAAGUUUGUGGUUCUAUUGAAGGGAAAAAUGAGUGUAAAUACUUCUGCAAGGCACUGUAUGCUAUAAAGGCCAAAGGGACAAAAGGGGGGGAAGUUCAGAUAGAUUUUCCAUACUGAGUUUGUUGCGUUAGAGCCUCUCGAUUAAUUCCUCUGUAUCGCAGAGAGUGACGAUCAGUGGAAGCUGCAAAUCCUUAAGAAAAAAAGGGAUGAGACCAGAGAGAGGCUCCUUCUCCUCUCACACGUGCAUGUGUCCAAACCUAGUAUCUCAGAACAUUAAGUGAAGCUGUAUUGAACUUUCCUUUGACAUAUAAGGUAGAAACCAUUUUGUUAUCCCAACAUCAAGGAUUGUUGACUUCGAGCACCAGUAUCCUUAAUUUACAACCCUCUCCCUUCUCUGAUUCAGUUGUUUAAUGCAAAUAGAGUAUGCCUUAAGGACAGAGACGUUUAAGAAGCUGUGUGUAUUUAUUGCCACUGAUUUUGUUUUCUUUUUAACAUGUAGACUUUGUCUUUGAGUUUUCUCUUUUUUAAAUGACUUUAAUGUAUUUGAAAGAGUUCCAUUACAGUAUUUACCAACGUUUGUCAUGUGAAGUGUAUGAAGGUGAUUAAUAAACACAAAGCAAAUGGAAAA